GAAUCUGCAGAAAUCAGUCCCAGCUAUUUACAAUGCUGCCCAAACCUGGGAUCUAUUACUUCCCCUGGGAAGUCAGUGCUGGCCAAGUUCCUGACGGGGGCACACUGAGAACAUUUGGCAGGUUGUUCCUCUAUGACAUGACCCAAUCCCGAGUGACCCUGAAAGCUCAGCGCGGAUCUGACGAGCACCAGAUCCUGGUCUGCACCAAGUUGGUGGAGCCGUUCCAAGCCCAGGUGAACUCCCUGUACCUCGUCCUUGGAGAGCUCGAGCACCAGGAUGGAGGGUCCGUGGUGAAGGCCCGGGUGCUGACUUGUGUGGAAGGAAUGAAUGUACCCUUGUUAGAGCAAGCUGUCCAGGAGCAGAGGCGGUACCAGCAAGAGAGGGACAGCAGCCAGUAGCAAAUUGCACUUCCUGGCAACCGUCCCCCCCAGUCUGCUCCUGAGACCAAGCCCACCAGAGAUGCCUGAGCAGAGAAGAUGCAGACCUUCCCCAGAGUGAUAGCCCUUUUCUGGAGCCUGAGAGAAGAGGAGGGGUUGCUUAUUUGGAUUGUUCCAGACACACACACACACACACACACA